AUGACUUCCUGGAGUGACCGUCUACAGAACUAUGCGGAUCUCCCAACCAACAUGGAUGGUGUUGCCCUAAAGAAAUAUCGACGUGAAACGCAUCACAGCUUUCCAAAGGACCUGGCUCACAACCAUCCAGCAAUGAGAGUGUUUGUCAACCGAAGUUUAGCAAUGGAGAAGAUCAAGUGUUUUGGUUUUGAUAUGGAUUAUACUUUGGCAGUGUAUAAGUCUCCUGAGUACGAGGCCCUUGGCUUUGACUUGACAGUGGAGCGCCUGGUGUCUAUUGGAUAUCCACAGGAGCUACUCAACUUUGUUUAUGAUCCCUCAUUCCCCACGAGAGGCCUUGUCUUUGACACUAUGUAUGGUAACCUGCUCAAGGUGGACACCUAUGGGAACAUCCUAGUUUGUGUGCACGGUUUCAACUUCAUUAAAGGGGCUGACAUCAGAGAGAUUUACCCAAACAAAUUUAUUCAGCGUGGAGAUACAGACCGCUUCUACAUCCUAAAUACACUCUUCAACCUACCUGAAACCUACCUCUUUGCUUGCUUAGUUGACUUCUUCAGUAACUGCUGUCGGUACACAAGUUGUGAGACCGGCUUUAAAGAUGGUGACCUUUAUAUGUCUUAUAAAAGCAUGUUCCAGGAUGUGAGGGAUGCUGUAGACUGGGUACAUUUCCAGGGUUCUUUGAAAGAAAAGACUGUUAAAAACCUGGAGAAGUAUGUAGUAAAGGAUCCUAAGCUUCCUCUCCUUCUUAGUCGAAUGAAAGAAGUGGCCAAAAUAUUUCUGGCAACCAACAGUGACUACAAGUACACCGAGAAAAUUAUGACCUACCUGUUCCAUUUUCCUCAUGGUCCAAAGUUGGGUACAGUCCACAGGCCCUGGCAGUCCUACUUCGACUUGAUCCUGGUAGAUGCCCGUAAGCCUGUGUUCUUUGGAGAGGGAACCGUCCUGCGGCAGGUUGACACAACAACUGGUCAGCUCAAGAUUGGCACGUACACUGGCCCCCUCCAGCAUGGAAUUGUUUACUCUGGAGGUUCGUCUGACAUCGUAUGUGACUUGUUGGGCGCUAAGGGCAAAGAUAUCGUCUACAUUGGCGACCACAUCUUUGGUGACAUUCUGAAAUCCAAGAAGCGCCAAGGCUGGAGAACUUUCCUGGUGAUACCAGAGUUGGCCCAGGAGCUGCAUGUGUGGACUGAAAAGAGCUCUAUAUUUGAGGAGCUCCAAUCUCUGGACUGCUUCCUUGCUGAGCUUUACAAGCAUCUGGAUAGCAGCAGCAAUGAGAGGCCUGAUAUCAGUUCACUCCAGCGACGCAUCAAGAAAGUUACACAUGACAUGGACAUGUGUUACGGCAUGAUGGGAAGUCUGUUUCGCAGUGGAUCCCGUCCGACUUUGUUUGCCUCCCAGGUGAUGCGUUACGCAGACCUGUACGCGGCCUCCUUCAUCAACCUGCUAUACUACCCCUUCAGUUAUCUCUUCAGAGCCUCACAUGUUCUGAUGCCGCACGAGUCAACAGUGGAGCACAAGCACGUCAACGUGAACGACAAAGAGUCCCCGCUGGCCACAAGAAACCGCCAUGAGUUGGACUUAAAGACCAUAGAAUCCAAACGAAAGCAAAUGCCCCGAACCGUCAGCGAGAUUCAACCACCUCAUUUCUUCCCUCAAGCGCCACAAGAGAUCACCCACUGCCAUGAUGAGGAUGACGAUGAGUAG